GAGAUGAGUCAUGCGAAUGCGAGUGGCAAAAACUUAAAAAGAAAAAGAAGAGUCGUCUUGCUUUUAGUUUGGUCACUCACGUCUUCAUAUUUGUAUAAAUAUUAUACAAAAAUAGUUUGUGGUAUCAAAAUUCAAUGCAAUCUAAUAAUCUAUAUCUCACAAUGUCAAACUCAAGAGAAAAAGCAUUGUAUCCGUGAUAUGAUCACCUGUCUCUUUUUUGUUUUUUCUCUCUAAUUCCCUCAGUGGCCCUGGAAUGUUGAGUAGUUGCAAAGUAAAAUAUCUUAAUUAGCAGUUAAUUAUAAAUGGAUUGAUGUUUGUGGGUAUUUUACUUUACUCAAUGCCUAUUCUUAGCUUUCACGAGAUGGUCUUGGAUAGAGCUGUAUACAGAACCAUUCACAUGUUGUUAUACUUUUAAAUUUAAAAACCUGUUCUUGGCAUUUUCCCCAUUUGCUUCUUUUAAAGCACAAUUCAGUUUCUUUUUCUCUUCUUCCUCUCCACAGCUCCAGUCAUGUUCAUUGGACUAGGAGUUUUUGUUUUCUGUAUUUGAUAUCGGUUCUCAUUGAGUUUUCCUGCCAGUACUGGGUCUUUAUGGCUUCCUGGGCAUUUGUUAAAUGAGACAUCUAUUGAUUUUAGACCUCAGUUUAUUUGGUUUUUGGUUAAGUUUAGGUAGUUUCCAAUCUGGGUUUUUGGUGAGAAUGAAAAUUUUUGCAUCUUUCGAGCUUUUUGUUUUGUUUAUACUUACUGUGUUAUCUGGAUUUGGUUACUGUAAAGAGUGUACGAAUAUUCCUACUGAACUCUCAUCACACAGUCUUCGAUACGAGCUUUUAAUAUCCAAGAAUGAGAGUUGGAGACAAGAGAUGUUCUCACACUAUCAUUUGACACCAACAGAUGAUUCAGCCUGGUCAAAGUUGCUUCCAAGAAAGAUUUUGAAGGAAGAAGAUGAACUUGAAUGGACAAUGAUGUACAGGAAACUGAAAAAUUCAGGUGUUCAUGAUGGUUCAGGGAAUUUUCUCAAGGAAAUAUCUUUGCAUGAUGUGAGACUGAAUCCUGUUUCGACACAUGGAAUGGCACAGCAAACAAAUUUGGAGUAUUUAUUGAUAUUAGAUGUGGAUAGCUUAGUAUGGAGCUUCAGAAAGACAGCAGGUUUGGCAACUCCUGGAAAUCCAUACUCUGGUUGGGAGGGGCCAGACAAAGAGCUCCGGGGUCAUUUUGUAGGGCAUUACUUGAGUGCAACAGCACAAAUGUGGGCAAGCACACAUAACGAUACUCUCAAACAAAAAAUGUCUGCUGUAGUGUCUCAUCUAUCUGAAUGUCAAGUAAAAUUGGGCACUGGGUAUCUUUCUGCUUUUCCAUCUGAGCUAUUUGAUCGUUUUGAGGCCAUAAAACCGGUCUGGGCUCCAUAUUACACUAUUCACAAGAUUCUAGCAGGUCUACUGGAUCAAUAUACAUUAGCUGGUAAUGAUCAAGCUUUCAAAAUGAUGACUUGGAUGGUUGACUACUUUUACAAGCGUGUUCAAAAUGUGGUCUCCAAAUACACAGUUGAAAGACACUACCGGACACUCAAUGAAGAAACUGGUGGCAUGAACGAUGUGCUGUAUAGACUAUACAGCAUAACGGCAAAUCCAAAGCAUUUACUGUUGGCUCACCUAUUUGAUAAACCAUGCUUCCUAGGCUUGCUCGCAGUUCAGGCGGAUGAUAUAUCUGGUUUUCAUGCUAAUUCACAUAUCCCAAUUGUAGUUGGUUCGCAAUUGCGAUACGAAAUCACUGGUGAUCCACUUUAUAAGGACAUAGGAACAUUCUUCAUGGAGGUUGUGAACUCGUCUCACAGCUAUGCAACUGGAGGAACAUCAGUCAACGAGUUCUGGUCUGACCCUAAGAGAUUGGCAAACACUCUACAAACUGAGAAUGAAGAGUCAUGCACAACUUACAACAUGCUAAAGGUCUCUCGCCAUCUGUUUAGGUGGACUAAAGAAAUGGCAUAUGCAGACUACUAUGAGAGGGCUCUUACAAAUGGUGUGCUAGGAAUCCAAAGAGGAACAGAACCAGGAGUUAUGAUUUACAUGCUUCCACUAGGUUACGGAGUUUCCAAGAGCAAAAGCUACCACGGAUGGGGAAAGCCAUUCGAGUCUUUCUGGUGCUGCUAUGGAACAGGAAUUGAAUCAUUUUCAAAGCUAGGAGAUUCAAUAUAUUUUGAAGAAAAUGGAGAAGUUCCUAGUCUUUAUGUCAUCCAAUACAUACCAAGUUCCCUUGACUGGAAACUUGGAAAAGUUGUGGUUAACCAGAAAGUUGAUCAAGUUAACUCAUGGGAUCCUUACCUUCGAGUGACUUUCACAAUUACACCUGGGCAGUCACGAAAGUCAUCGACAUUAAAGCUGCGAGUGCCAAGUUGGACACACACAAGUGGCGCAAAGGCAACCUUAAAUGCCAAAGAAAUUUCUCCACCAGCUCCAGGUAAUUUUCUUUCAAUUACUAAUAACUGGAGCCCUGGUGACGUAGUAACACUUCAGCUACCAAUUACUCUAAGAAUAGACCCCAUUAAAGAUGACCGACCUGAGUAUGCUACAAUACAGGCCAUUCUUUACGGCCCUUAUCUACUUGUUGGUCAUAGCAGUGGUGAUUGGAACCUAAAAACUGGAUCAAUUAGCUCUCCUUCAAAUUGGAUUACUCCAAUCCCUUCCUCUUACAAUGAUUAUUUGGUGUCGUUCACCCAAGACCAUGAAGACUCAACACUCGUCUUAACAAACUCAAACAAUUUUAUCACUAUGGAGAAACUUCCUGAAUCUGGGACAGACUCUUCUCUUCAUGCCACUUUCAGACUCAUCAUAACGGACUCGCCUUCUUCAGACUUAUCCCCAACCAAGGACAUCUUUGGAAAAUCAGUAAUGUUGGAGCCAUUUGAUUUUCCUGGAAUGAUUGUAAUGGAGCAAGGAGAAGACAAUGACCUCACAGUGACAGAUCCCUCAAAUGACAAAACUUCUACAUCACUUUUCCGGGUUGUUUCUGGAUUAGACGGAAGAAAUGAGUCAGUAUCAUUAGAGUUGCAAAGUAAGAAAGGUUGCUUUGUGUAUAGUGUGAGCAAUGAGGCAGGUGGCAGAUUGAAGCUGGGCUGUAACUUGAAAAUAUCAUCAAGUGUGGGAGCCAGCUUUGCAAUGAAUAAAGGACUCACCAAGUACCAUCCUAUUAGCUUUGUUGCUAAAGGAGCAUCAAGAAAUUUCCUUUUGUCUCCAUUGUUUAGCUUUAGAGAUGAAUCUUACACAGUUUAUUUCAACAUUGCAACUUAAAUUAGAUCAUAACAUGAAGAUGACUAGCCACCUUCAAUGGGAGUAUAAAUUUUCAUGUAGGCGAUUAUUUUAUUGAAAGUACUGAAAUAAAAUUCUUUUUUUUUCUAACUCA